AUGCGCGGGCUCCUCGCCCUUCUCCUACUCCACGUGGUCGGGGUCACGUCCGCCGUUGCCGAGUAUCACGAGCAGCUCAACCUCAGGCCGCUGCCCCUAUCCUCCCUCCUCGCGAGCUUCAACUUCCGCGCCACCACGCCAGUCUCCGACUUCGAGUCACAGAAUUUCCGCCUCUUCCCGCGGUCGCUGGGCCAGAUCCUCCAGCAUGCCGGCACGCGGGAGCUGCACCUGCGAUUUGCGCUGGGGCGCACCCGGACAACACGACCCGUCAUGUCGUUUCAGCCCGAGGGCACCUUGCCCAACGCGACCAUCUCCAACAUGAGGCUACUCCACGGUGUCUUGCCGCAUGAGGUCGUCUGUACCGAAAAUCUUACUCCCUUCCUAAAGCUCCUGCCUUGCAAGGGCAAGGCUGGCAUCUCCAGUCUUCUCGACGGCCACAAGCUCUUUGAUGCUUCCUGGCAGAGUAUGGCGAUCGAUGUUAGGCCGGUUUGCCCUGAGGACGGCUCGGAAUGCGUGCUGGAGAUCGAGCAGACCGUUGAUAUGGUUUUGGACAUUGACCGCUCCAAGCGGCCCAGAGACAAUCCUAUUCCUCGUCCCAAGCCCCUCCACGAGCUUAAAUGCGACACUACCAAACCCUACCAUGCUGAUGGCGGAUGCUACCCGCUCGACCACGCUCUCGGCCAGGAAUGGACGCUAUCCCAAAUCUUUGGAAAGUCUCUCAAGGGAACCUGCCCCUUGACCAACCCGGAGACCCCCGGUGUGCAUGGAAGUGCCCAACUCCCGCCACGUGUUCACCUCUGUCGGCGCUGCGGAAACGAGGAACCCCGGCGGCAGCUCGCUGCUAUAGGUUGGAUCCGGAUGCUGACUUUGAUAUCUUUCAUGGGCUAUGGGCAAGAGCGCGGCGCCGUGCAAACUAUCCUCCGCAACCCCAGUCCCGAUACCGAGGUUGAAUUCGUCUACAUGGAGUCGCUUCCCUGGUUCAUGAGGGUCUAUCUCCACACCUUGGACGCACGCAUCGACGGGAUCCAGGGCUCUCGCCGAGACCUCGUCAAGGAAAUCUACUACCGGCCAGCCGUCGACCGCGCGCGGGGCACGCAGCUCGAACUCCGCAUGAUUGUACCCCGGGCUCCACCGUCUUCCUAA